UGGGUCAGACAGGAACAAUAUGGCGCCGGGAGGAGCGUUAGCUUCUCGACCAGUCGUUGUCUGAUAGACUGGCGAUCCGGCAGGAUGAACCUCUGCGCCCAGUACCUACGACAGGCAGAGGCCCUGAAGGCUGACAUGACAGAUUCGAAGCUGGGGGCGGCAGAGGUGUGGACGUCACGGCAGGCCCUGCAGGAUCUGUACCAGAAGAUGCUGGUGACCGACCUGGAGUACGCUCUGGACAAGAAGGUGGAGCAAGACCUGUGGAAUCAUGCUUUUAAGAACCAGAUCACCACACUGCAGAGCCAGGCCAAGAACCGAGCCAACCCCAACCGCAGCGAGGUCCAGGCCAACCUGUCGCUGUUUCUGGAAGCGGCGAGCGGUUUCUACACACAGUUACUGCAGGAGCUGUGCACGGUGUUUAACGUUGACCUGCCUUCUCGCGUCAAGUCGUCUCAGCUCGGCAUCAUCAGCAAUAAGCAGAGCAGCGGCAGCGCCAUCGUCACCCCGCAGCCCAGCUCCUGCUCCUACAUCUGCCAGCACUGCCUCGUCCACCUCGGAGACAUAGCACGUUACCGUAACCAGACCAGCCAGGCGGAGUCUUACUACCGACAUGCGGCUCAGCUGGUCCCGUCAAACGGUCAGCCGUACAACCAGCUGGCCAUCCUGGCGUCCUCUAAAGGAGACCACCUCACCACCAUCUUCUACUACUGCCGCAGCAUCGCGGUCAAGUUCCCGUUCCCAGCAGCCUCCACCAACCUGCAGAAGGCCCUGUCCAAAGCUCUGGAGAGCCGCGACGAGGUGAAAACCAAGUGGAGCGUGUCGGAUUUCAUCAAGGCCUUCAUCAAGUUUCACGGCCACGUGUACCUGAGUAAGAGUCUGGACAAACUGGAUAGUCUGAGGGAGAAACUGGAGGAGCAGUUUCAGAGGCUGAUGUUGCAGAAAGCCUUCAGCUCUCAGCAGCUGGUUCACAUCACCGUCAUCAACCUGUUUGAGCUCCACCACCUCAGAGACCUGACGGCUGACGGCGGCGAGCAGAGCUACAGCAGCGAGCAGCAGAUCAGCUGGUUCCAGCUGCUCGGACUCUUCAUGUCCUUCCUGGGUGUCAUGUGCAGCCGCGCUCUGCUCAACAAGAGCCGAGGGGAGGAGAUCAUGGGGGAGUGUCCUCUGCCGGCCAUCAAAGUGUCUCUGGAGUGGCUCAAACUGAGGCCCAGCGUCUUCCACGAGGCCGCUGUGGACAAGAGGCAGUAUAUCUGGCCCUGGCUGGUCUCCAUCCUCAACAGUUUCCAGCCCAAAGAGGACGACGUGUCGGGUUCCUCAGUGACGCCCCUGCCAGAGGAGUUUGAGUUGCAGGGUUUCUUGGCGCUCCGCCCGGCUCUGAGGUCCCUGGACUUCACUAAAGGUCAUCAGGGCAUCCUGGUGGACCGGGACGGCCUGCCGGUUCACACUCGACACCAGAGACUCAUCAGUCUGGGCAAAUGGGUGGCCGACAACCAGCCGGGGCUGAUCCAGUGCAGAGCGAGUGAGGACGGCCUCCUCGUCUUCAUCACCGACAUUCCGGAGCAGGACAUCGAGGAGCCGCAGGAGAAGGACGCGCCGGUGCUGCAGGAGUCGUCCAACGGCGAGCAGACGCCCAACGACGGCGGAAACUCCGGCCUGAAGUCGGUGCUGUCUGCCGGGAAGACGCAGAGCUCGUGGCCCGACGGCAGCGACCGGCCCGUCGUCACCUUCAAGGAGAACAUCAAGCCCCGAGAGCAGGGCCGCGAGGCCACACGAAACCAUCACCUGAAAGACAGCGGCAAGGAGCGCCGGGACUUCGCCAAAGGCAACGGGGCUGCUGGGAAAGCAGAGCUGAAGAGGGACGGGAAGAGGAAGAGCGAGCUGAAAAAAGCCGGUCACGAGAAAACCACGGACGCCGGGAAACAGGUGAAGGCGCAGACGGAGCUGAGGAAGACUCCGGUGUCCGAGGCCAAGAAGACGCCUGUCACUCAAACUCAAACCACCUGCUCCAACCAGUUCAUCCCCAUCCAUCAUCCUGGAGCCUUCCCACCCCUGCCCAGCAGACCAGGUUUCCCCCCCUCGGCCUACGUGAUCCCUCCCCCGGUGGGCUUCCCGGGGCUUCAGGUGAAUCCAGGCUUCACCUUCUCCACUGGGGUGUCGGUCCCGUCCUUCCUUCAGCCGGGCGUGCACACCCAGGCCGGCACCCAGGGCGGGAAGCCGUCCCACAUUCCCUACAGUCAGCAGAGGCCCUCUGGUCCCGGUCCGGGUCAAGGGCCGGGGUCCUCGGGCCCGGGCCCUAUGAACCAGGGCCCCUCCCAGGGUCAGCAGCCCCAGGCGCCCUCCCAGCAGGCCUUGCAGCAGUCGGUCCAGCUGCAGGUGCAGGCGAUGAGCCAGCAGCAGCAGCAGUCUCCCACCAAACCGGUCCAGCAGGUCGGGAUGGGGAAGAGUCCACCUCACCACCCGGGGAUGCAGCAGUACAUGCAGGUCCAGGAUCAGCCGGCACAGAUGUGGAACCAGGCUCAGGCCGCUCUGCAGAAGAUUUCUCCCAUGCAGAUGUCCAUGAAGCAGCAGCAGCCUCAGCAGCAGCAGCAGCAGCAGCAGCAGCAGCAGCAGCAGCAGCAGGCCUUUUACAUGGCGGCUCAGGAUCCCCUCAAGCUGUACGAGCACCAGCUGCAGCCGCCCAACAUGGACAAGAAGAUCAAGUACCCCAACAUGCAGGAUUUCUACUGGGAGCCGUCCUACCGGAUAGGGGACGGUCUGGCUGUGAUGGCAGACAGGAUAAAGAGGCCUCCGCCUGGUGGGAUCUGCUCUGAGCAGGACCCGUCCGCCGGGCCCCGGGGACCCCCGUUUGAGGACAACAAGAGCUCGCCUCUUCUACCUCCUGACCUGUUAAAAACUCUAGCAGAUUUUGAGGAGGAGGAAGAGCUGGUCUUUACUAAGCCUCCUGAUUUCUUCCAGGCCUUGGCUGGUCCUCUUAGCACUGCUCCUGGACCAAACAUAUUUCUGCCAAACCAGACCAGGAUGGAGAACGGCCCCGAGGUCAUCAGCCAGUCUUCUCUCCUGCCAAUGUCUGGCUUCCCCAUGCAGGAGUACAACCAGAACAGCAUCUUCAGUCAGGCCUACGGCAAGAACCUGCCGCCCAGCUCCAAGCCCGACACUCCCAUGAUGCACCAGGAACCAUCCCUCUACUCCCUGUUCGAAGGGACUCCCUGGUCCCCCUCCCUCCCUGCCAGUUCAGAUCACUCCACCCCGGCCAGCCAAUCCCCCCACUCCUCCAACCCCAGCAGCCUGCCGUCCUCCCCGCCGACACACAACCAUGGAGCCAUGCCUUUCUCUAACUUCGGGCCCAUAGGCACUCCGGACAGCCGGGACCGCAGGGUGGUGGACCGCUGGAAGGCUGACAAGACCGGAGCGGUCAGCGGGUUCGGUCUGGACUACCUGCCGGCGUCGGCCUCCUCUGCAGCUUCAGACAACAGCUGGCACCAGGCCGGACCGCCUGGCAGCUCCUGGGCCAGUCAGGAGUCUCCUAUGGAGGAGUCGUCCUCCACCGUGCUGCUCGACAGCCUCAAGUCGAUCUGGUCGAGCUCCAUGAUGCAGCCGGGCCCGUCGGCGCUGGAGCAGCUCCUCCUGCAGCAGAAACAGAAGCAGCAGCGAGGUCACGGCGCCAUGAACCCGCCUCACUGAACGGCAGGCCGAGGCGGCGCUUUGUGUCCGGACGUCAACAAAACCACCACCAGGAGAAACGGGAGGGAAAAAAAAACAGAUGUUUGACGAAGAUGAGCUCCAACUAAAAUGGAAAAUUAAACCGGUGAGAAACGGUGGAGGCUGGGGAGGCGACGCGACCCCCCGACGAGGCUGAAACACCACCCCACCCCCCCCGGCUGUCGAGGAGCGGUGACGCCCCUCCUGGUCCGGAGGGCGCGGGAUCUCUUCAACCGCGGUGCCAUGCGCCACGCCACCGCCGGGUUUCCUUCAACCCGUGGAAAUCUGAACAUUGAGGAACAUAAACCCCCCCCCAACACCUCACCACCACUGACCCCCCCUGGUUUUGGACAGACGCCACAUCUCCACAACUCCUCUCAUCUGGAGGAAGUUCUUACUUCUGCGGAA